AUGUUAGAAGGCAAAGCUAUCGUUGGUGAGACCGACAUGAUUCAAACCAUGCAGCAUGAUGCUCUUCACUUAGCUGCUAAGGCCCUCGAUAUCUUUGAUGUCACCGAGUCGACUGAUAUUGCUUGCUUCAUAAAAAAGGAUUUUGACAGGCUGCAUGGAUCUGGAUGGCAAUGCAUCGUAGGGACGGAUUUUGGUUCUUUUGUGACUCAUUACCAUGGCUGCUUCAUUCACUUCUGCAUUGGCAGUCUUGCAAUUCUGCUAUUCAAGGGCAUGGUAAAUAAAGUAGAUGAAGAUGGAUUGUUUCCUUCUUUGGACAUUGUCCAUGUAUAGCUUCUCGUUUUUCUUCAUCUUUACUCUUCUAAAAGUAUCUUUUCCGCUUCCAAAUUUUA